UGUAUUGGUUACAAGCUAUAGCGUGUUGGGUGUUGAGGGCUUUCCUGCAGCCAUUUUUCUCUUCGAUAAGCAAAAGUUUUUUAUUUUAGGGCAUUAGCAUCGUUUGUAGGAUCAGAAAAUGACAGACGAUAAAACGGAAUUCGACUGGGGAAAUGAGAAGUUACAACGUGCUCAGAAAACUGUGGACGAAUCUCCGUACGAUUUGGAAGCAUGGAGCAUCCUUAUCAGAGAAGCACAGAACAGACCUAUUACAGAAGUAAGACCAGUUUUUGAGAAGCUUGUCUCUGUCUUUCCUUCAGCUGGACGUUAUUGGAAGAUUUAUAUAGAACAAGAGAUGAAAAUGCGCAACUUUGAAAAGGUGGAAAAGCUUUUCCAAAGGUGCCUCAUGAAAAUCUUAAAUAUUGAGUUGUGGAAACUUUACCUUUCUUAUGUCAAAGAAACAAAAGCCAGUCUUGCUACGUAUAAGGAAAAAAUGGCACAAGCGUAUGAUUUUGCAUUGGAUAAAAUUGGGAUGGAUAUACAUUCGUAUAGUAUAUGGAAUGAUUAUGUUAUGUUUUUGAAAAGUGUCGAAGCUGUUGGUUCGUACGCCGAGAAUCAGAAAAUUAGCGCGGUUCGGAAGGUAUAUCAACGCGGUGUUGUCAACCCCAUGAUAAACAUGGAACAAUUGUGGAAAGAUUACAUGGCAUUUGAACAAAAUAUUAAUCCAAUAAUUGCAGAAAAGAUGGCUAUUGAACGUUCCAGAGAUUAUAUGAACGCAAGACGGGUUGCCAAGGAGUUGGAAGCUGUAACAAGAGGACUGAAUCGUAGUGCACCGAGCGUACCUCCAACUGGCCAUCCAGAAGAAGUGAAACAAGUUGAAUUAUGGAAAAAGUACAUUGCAUGGGAACGUAGCAAUCCUCUAAGAACCGAAGAUACUUCUUUAGUUGCACGUAGAGUAAUGUUUGCUAUAGAACAAUGUUUACUAUGUUUGGGUCAUCACCCGGCGGUGUGGCAUCAAGCCGCACACUUCUUAGAACUUAGCUCGAAAAUAUUAACGGAAAAGGGGGAUGUAAAUGCAGCGAAGAAUUUAAGCGACGAAGCUGCUACUAUGUUCGAAAGAGCGACAAGUACAUUGUUAUCGAAAAAUAUGUUAUUAUAUUUUGCACACGCGGAUUUCGAAGAGGGAAGAGUAAAGUACGAGAAAGUGCAUCAAAUAUAUCAAAAGUUCCUUGAUAUACCUGAUAUUGACCCGACACUCGCUUAUGUACAAUAUAUGAAAUUUGCAAGACGCGCAGAAGGUAUAAAAUCUGCUAGGACGGUUUUCAAACGAGCUCGAGAAGAUCCGAGAUGUAAACAUCACGUAUACGUCGCUGCUGCGUUAAUGGAAUAUUACUGUACUAAAGAUAAAAAUAUUGCUUUCCGAAUAUUCGAACUGGGUUUAAAAAAGUUCGGAGAUAACCCUGACUAUAUACUUUGUUAUAUUGACUACUUAUCGCAUUUGAACGAGGACAAUAACACAAGGGUUCUGUUUGAAAGAGUUUUAUCUUCUGGUAGUUUAGAACCAGAAAAAUCAGUUGACAUAUGGAAUCGCUUUUUAGAGUUUGAGUCUAAUAUCGGAGAUCUAGCCAGUAUUGUUAAAGUCGAAAAAAGACGUAGCGCAGUCUUAGAAAAGAUCAAAGAGUUCGAAGGCAAGGAGACAGCACAAUUAGUAGAUAGAUAUAAGUUCCUGGAUUUAUAUCCGUGUACUCCAAUGGAGUUACGAUCCAUCGGAUAUAUGGAAGUGUCUAGUGUUGCCAGAAGUACAGUUGGUGCAUUACCGCGGAUACCGGAUCCGGAAGAGGCUAUCGCGUCUUUACCUAGACCGGAUUUGUCGCAAAUGAUUCCUUAUAAGCCAAAAGUAAAUCCAUUACCCGGAGAGCAUCCAGUACCUGGCGGUACUUUCCCGUUACCACCUGCCGCAGCGCAACUUUGUACCAUGCUUCCGCCACCAGGUUGUUUCAGAGGACCAUUCGUAGCUGUUGACUUACUUAUGGACGUUUUCAAUCGGAUCCAGCUACCGGAACAUGCUCCAUUGCCGGUAGCAGAUAAUGGUUGCGACACAAAAUUAUUCGACUUAGCCAAGUCCGUACAUUGGAUCGUCGAUGAAAGUAACGAUGGAAUAAGUAUCGGAUCUAAACGCAGAAGAACGCGUUUAGGAGGUGAUGAUAGCGAGGAAGAAGAUCUACCACCACCUCCGGCAAACGACAUAUACCGCCAAAGACAACAGAAACGAGUCAAAUGAACAAAGAAAUGAUAACCCGACAACAGAGUUACGUAUCAUCUCCAAGUAUCCUGGAGAUAUCUGAUACACGUUAUCAUAUAUUUUUACAUUUUCUCUGUUUGUUCCGGAAGGAGAUAUUUCCUGACGGGACAAACCUAUUAUUAUCUAAAAGCGUACGUUACGUAUAUGUAAGCAACUACUAAAUUCCUUAUGUGACACUGUGCACGAUAGUUUGAGUACUAUGUACUCAGAAAUCCUAUACUUACACCAUUGAUUUCAUAUUUCUUCAAAUGUGUUCAUUUAUAUAGAAAGUGUCUAAUUUGACCCGGACGGGGACAACAUUGAGAACGUCCAAUGGAUCGAACAUCAUUGUAUCGUUACCUAUUUUGCUAUGUAUUGAAAUCUUCAAAUCAAGAUUUAAUUUCGAGACCAUUGUUUAUGGUAAUUUGUAUAUUGAAAAAAAUGUUGCUCAGGCCUUAUAAGAAUUGUGGUGCAAAAGCGAAGGUGAUUGGUAAGACAUAUUCGUCUUUUAUCGGGCAGAAGUAAUUUGUUAUAAUUGUAAGUAAUUUGUAUCAUAAAAUAUUAUUUAGCACUAUUGUUUUAUGUGAAUUUUUAUGUACACUAUGCGAUAAGAGAAAAAACCGAUUUAUUUUUUUUUUUUUUCAUUUAUAGAACGAUUUACCUAAAUUCACGGUAUCGAAUCAAAUGUAUUCGAGAAAUUGGUUUCUUCAUUCCAGUUUCUAUUUCAAUAUCUAUUUAUUUUCGACAUUUGUAUACAAUUUUUGUAAAAUACCAAAUUGAUUAAACAAUUCAUUUAUCUAUCCAAUCUGUUCUAAAAUUUAUUUGAAUCGAACAUGCUCGGAAAGCUAUUCAUCCGAAUACAAUUGUUUCGCGCUGUAUGUUUAAAUCAAUUUAUAUAAAUUCGAUGUACAGGACCAAUAAAUUGUCAUCAUCCCAUUGCA